GCUGCCGGAGGAAGCACUGCCGGGUCCGCUCCGCUCCGGGUCCGGCCGGGCCAUGGAGUCCAUGUCUGAGCUCGCGCCCCGCUGCCUCCUGCUUCCCUUGCUGCUGCUGCUGCCGUUGCUGCUUCUUCCUGCCCCGAAGCUGGGCCCGAGCCCCGCCGGGGCCGAGGAGACCGACUGGGUGCGUUUGCCCAGCAAAUGCGAAGUGUGCAAGUAUGUUGCCGUGGAGCUGAAGUCAGCUUUUGAGGAAACCGGAAAGACCAAGGAAGUGAUUGACACAGGCUACGGCAUUCUGGACCGGAAGGCGUCAGGAGUCAAGUACACUAAGUCCAUCUCAGAGCCCCCAGGCCAGAUGACCUGUCUUCCUUCCAGCUCUGCCUUCCCCGUUGGAGGGGAGGGGAACUUAGCACCUCUUCCGCUGCUGUCUCGCAGGGACUUACGGUUAAUUGAAGUCACUGAGACCAUUUGCAAGAGGCUUCUGGACUACAGCCUGCACAAGGAGAGGACUGGCAGCAACCGGUUUGCCAAGGGUAUGUCGGAAACCUUUGAGACAUUGCACAACCUAGUCCACAAAGGGGUCAAGGUGGUGAUGGAUAUCCCCUACGAGCUAUGGAAUGAGACCUCGGCUGAGGUGGCUGACCUCAAGAAACAGUGUGACGUGCUGGUGGAAGAGUUUGAAGAGGUGAUUGAGGACUGGUACAGGAACCACCAGGAGGAGGACCUGACUGAAUUCCUCUGUGCCAACCACGUGCUGAAGGGCAAAGACACCAGUUGCCUGGCAGAGCGGUGGUCUGGCAAGAAGGGGGACAUAGCGUCCCUGGGAGGGAAGAAAGCGAAGAAGAAACGCGGCAGGGUCAAGGGUUCCAGCGGUGGCAGCGGCGGCAGCAAGCAGAGGAAGGAACUGGGGGUCCUGGAGGAGGAUGCCAACCCCGAGGAGGAAGACGGUGUACAGAAGGCCUCUCCCCUCCCACACAGCCCCCCGGAUGAGCUGUGAGCCCAACUCAGUGUCCUGGAACCAAGACCUCGACUUGAGGGCUGAGGAGCUUGGGAUGCCUGUGGCUCCAGCAAGGACAGCCGCUGUCCAGCUUCAGUCUCCUCCCUUGGCUGUGACCUCUUCCUUCCCUUGAACAACAGCAGGAGCUGGAAGGAUCUUGGGUGCUGGGAGACCCCCUCCAAAGGGAAGAGGAGGAGGAGGAGCAGAAGGCAGCUCUUUCUAUACAGCCCCCUUCAUGAGCUCUGGGUCCCACCCAGCAUCCCCGAGGUGAAGAGCAGAAGACAGGUACGAUGCUCACCAGGGCCCCCUUCACCCAGGAUGGACAGAGCCCCAGGAAGGACUCAGUGCAGCCUCCGCAGCCAGGCCUGCCUCUUCCCUCCACCAGGCAUUCUCUCCUGCUGGUCCUUGUCGGGUUGUGAAUUUCAGAACUUCUUCUAGGAUGAACUCAGGAGGUGUGGCACAAAGCAGCUGGACACCAGAGCUAGAGCCACGCCAGAGCCUGCAGAGAGGGCACCUAACCUGACCCCACUGGGAAGCAAAACCAUAGCUCCCCGUGUCCACCCACUCCUUCUGAGGGCACCUCAUGCUCUGCCCAGCCUGUCUCCCAGGGCUACCAGAGUAAACACCUUUUGGCCUUUCGGUUUGGUUCCUGGGUCCUCUUCAUCCUCCAGAGUGUCCCCUCAUCGAUCUUUUCUGCCUGUGUCCCCCAGUCCUGGGGCCUUGAUGGCUGUCACUGUCAUUGGAGGCUUAACCUGGCAGUUGCUAGGAGGAACAGGUUCUGGGAGCACCGGGGGUGGUUUGGGGUCACUCAGUGGUUCUCAACCUUCUAACACUGCAGCCCCUUAAUACAAUUCCUCCUGUUGUGGUGACCCCCCCUACCCCUGGCCAUAAAAUUAUUUUCGUUGCUGUUUCAUAACUGUAA